CUUGUGUCCAAGGGUCAUGCAUCAAUGAGACCAAACACCAGCAGAGAGAAGGCUAAAGGAAAACCCCAGAUCAACUGCAGAAGGCAACAUGGCAAGGUGGCUACUAACCCAGGUCAUUGUCACAUUGGUGGGACUGCUGCUCAUCAUACGAAGGUCACUGACAAAUGAAAUUCUAGGGCUGAAAAUCCCUCCAGAGCCAGUCCUAAAUGCCAACACUGUGUGCCUGACUGUACCAGGCCUCACCCGUCGCCAGAUGGAAGUCUGCAUGCGCCACCCAGAUGUUGCAGCCUCUGCCAUCCAGGGAAUCCAGAUUGCUAUCCACGAGUGCCAAUACCAGUUCCAAGAUCACCGAUGGAAUUGCUCCAGCCUAGAGACAAAGAAUAAGAUACCAUAUGACAGCGCAGUUUUCAGCCGAGGUUUUCGGGAGAGUGCCUAUGUAUAUGCUAUAGCCGCUGCAGGUGUGGUGCACGCUGUUUCCAAUGCCUGUUCCAUGGGCAAGCUGAAGUCAUGCGGCUGUGAUGAAAAGAGACGAGGAGAUGAGGAGGCCUUUAAAGCGAAGCUGCACAGGCUGCAGCUUGAAGCUAUGAACCGUGGCAAGGGCAUGGUACAUGGCGUAAUGGAACACUUGCCUGCCGAUCCCCCAGGACCCCAAGAUUCCUGGGAAUGGGGAGGUUGCAGUCCCGAUGUGGAAUAUGGAGAACGUUUUUCCAAAGAAUUCUUGGACUCUCGGGAGUUGUUCAGGGACAUUCAUGCCCGCAUGAGGCUUCAUAACAACAGAGUGGGAAGGCAGGUUGUAACAGACAACAUGAAGAGAAAGUGCAAGUGUCACGGCACGUCCGGGAGCUGCCAGCUGAAGACUUGUUGGCAGGUGACCCCUGAGUUUCGUAUAAUUGGCUCUCUGCUGAAGGACAGGUUCUAUGGAGCAACGCUGAUAAAGCCUCACAACAGAAACACUGGGCAGCUGGAGCAGGCUCCGGUCCCCUUCCGCAGGAGAGCCAGCAUCAACGACUUGGUAUACUUUGAGAAGUCGCCGGACUUCUGCGAGCAAGAACUAAAUUUGGACUCAGCGGGCACCCAGGGACGGAUAUGUAACAAAACUAGCCCAGGCCUGGACAACUGUGAGAGCCUGUGCUGUGGACGGGGGCACAAUAUCCUGCGGCAAACACGCAGUGAGAGGUGCAACUGCAAGUUCCACUGGUGCUGCUAUGUGGUUUGUGAGGAGUGUCGCAUCACUGAGUGGGUUAGCGUCUGCAAAUAAAAAAAAAAGAGAGGCUUACCUGUGCCGUGUCACUGCAACUUUCCCGCCACUAGUCUUGCUUCCGCCUACAAUUCUGCUCUGGCAGUGCAGUGGGCAAAUUACUACUUACAGCUGCAAAAGGGACUGCUGGAAAAUGGUAUCUCCUGAAACUGGAUGUGUAAGCUGCUAACCUGAA